ACGAGUAGCAGUUCGCUGUUUACUAGCGCGGAGUUUAGUUGAGUUUCGAACGUUCAGCAAUACAGACGGUCCUUGUUUAUCGGUCGUCCACCACUCCGCUCUCGGUUCAGCGACACUCGGAUUGAUAUGGCGGAUUAAGAGGGAGACUAGAAAUUGUUAUCGAUAACAGCGCUGUAGUGUUACGGAAAGUAUAGAACAAACGGGUGCAGAUUUCUAUGGAAGUGAACUACAAAAUGGUGCGGUAAAAGUGCGCACAGCGUACAAUGACAGUGUGAGGUGUUACAGGGAAAAUCGAAGCGUAAAUCUCAGCCUCAAGGGUAAAAGAGAAGAAAACAGCUCGGAAAAUCAUAGCACUAGAAGUGCUCUUGUUUGUGGCAUUGUUAUGUGAUUGAUUUGGAUGUGAAGCGACAUUCACCCUUCACUCUGGAAGUGUUGACGAGACGUUCGAAUAACUCGAACAGGAAAACAGUGUCGUAAUGUCAACUGCAGUUUGACGAAAAGGUUUAUGGGUUUGAUCCGACGGCAGACGAGCGCCAGAACAAAAGUGAACGGUAUUUGUCAUAUCGUAGGUGAAGUGCGUGCGUAUUGACAGCCGUACUACGCAAGCCCCUGAAGUGCGUAGUGUUUUCGUCGACUAAGAAGAAAUACGUGCGCGUUGUUGUUGGACGAAGAAGCAACGAAUACGGGAGGAGAAACAAAAUUACAACCUUGUCCCGAAUAUUUGGGGGGUUUGCUCGUCUCGCUUGUGUCUUGGGGUUUCGCGGUGUUGUGCACUGAAAAUAUCGCGCUUCUGUUCGGGUUGUGUGAAAUCUACAGCCACCAGCGAUUCGCGCUAAUGUGCUAAACACAUGUGAUACAGAUCAGAACCGAACGCAGCAAUAACAACAGAAGGAUUACGCUGUCCCAACCAAUAACACUGGCAGCAGCGGUGACAAUCAAGCCGGCAGUCGAGAUUGCAAGCAGUAGAUGUGAUUUCGGGGGGUGAGUUUAUACGACCUGAUAUCGAGAACAGGCCCUGGUGGCGACGUCAACGACAACAACUGUUCAGUGUGCUAUGUGUGACAGCCUUCGUCUAGUGAUAGCGAAAAUCGUGAACCCCUCUGCUACUGCUGCUGCUCUGUGAGCUGCAUUAAAAACAACAGUUGUGUGGCGUGUGUAAUACAAUCAUCGUCGUACUCAGAUAUACGUUCGGAACGUGUGCGCUUCAGCAGUACUAGCCGCGCGUAUUGAGCAUAACAAAACGGGGUGACAAGUUGUGUGGAGUGUUUUUGAUACGUAGAAGAAAUUGUACAACGAGCUGGAGGAUACGAAGAGAACAGUAGCAGCGAGUAUUAUCAUCGCUAGGGACCUGGACAUCGCACUAUUGGAGAUUCCAGCCAUCAAACAAUGAGCUAAGCCGUACAUAAGGCAGAUCUUCUUCAUCUCUUCUCAUCUUCAUCUACACCCAUCUAUAAAACAUAUUCUUAGAGAGAACCCCCGGUCCGAUCGGUACCGGUCCCAUCAUCCAUCUGAAGCCAGCGCUACUUUUCUCGCACUAACACCCGUCAAAAAGGCAUCACACCUCGUUGCCGCAGCACCAGACCGUCCAACUCGACCAUCCCGCGCCGAGCAACUGAUUUGGGAGAACAAGUUUUCUGAAUUGAAUUUGCUCACCCCGUCACCAGUCAGCGAUCUAUAUAAGGACCAACCUUCACCACGUACACGGUCUCUCAUUCGGAAGGCACAUGUGUCAUUCCAACGACGACGACAUCAACAACUGACGGACCGACGAGGAAAGGGGAAGUCGUUUGCAAAACCCCGAUGGCAGUACCGGUAGCAGCAGCUCCAGCCGCAGGAAGCUCAACGAUGAAGAUAAUCUAAUUGAAAUUUUGCACCCAAGCUGCUGCAGAUACCAGCAACAAAUUUCACCUCAUUUUCGGACCAGAAAAUUAGAUUCGAAAUCACAUUCUCAUCAGCAGACACGUCCGGACACCACUCAAAAUGACACGAACACACAGAUUCAGCCUGCUCUCGGCGUGUCUGCUACUUCUGCUGUGCAGUACUAGAGUAAACUCUAGUUAUUACAGCGGUGGCGGGGCAAGUCCCGCGCCUCAUCUACCGGCGAUACCAAAGGACCCGCAUUCACGAUGCGAAGAAAUCACCAUUCCGAUGUGUCGAGGCAUCGGUUACAACCUUACCUCAUUUCCAAACGAAAUGAAUCACGAAACGCAGGAAGAGGCCGGUCUGGAGGUGCACCAAUUCUGGCCCCUGGUGGAGAUCAAAUGCUCACCAGAUCUCAAGUUCUUCCUGUGCUCCAUGUAUACUCCAAUCUGCAUCGAAGACUACCACAAACCACUUCCGGUGUGCCGGAGUGUGUGCGAACGGGCACGUGCCGGCUGUGCACCCAUCAUGCAACAGUACAGCUUCCAAUGGCCGGAACGUAUGGCCUGCGAAAUUCUGCCCGUCUCCGGAGAUAGCGACAACCUAUGUAUGGAACAACCCAGCGAGGACGAUGGCAGUCACUCGUCUGGUGGUGGAGGAGGCGGAGGCAGCAGCGGAGGUUCGCACUCUAAACCAACCCGCAAAUCUCACGGAUCAUCCGCGGGUGGUGCCUCUGGCCAGAACAACAAAUGCAAGGGCAAGAAUUCAAAAAACUGCCAAAAUCCCCCAGGGGAAAGAACAAAAGAGUGCAUGUGCCGGUGUCGGGAGCCACUGGUGACCCUGGGGAAGGAAAACCUACUGCACAACCAAAGUGUCGAAAGGGUCGGCGACGUAAUAAACUGCGCGAUCCCGUGUCGGGGGGCGUUCUUCAGUCAGGAGGAAAAGGACUUCGCAGGGGUGUGGAUCGCGCUUUGGUCCGGCCUCUGCGGCAUAAGCACACUAAUGACACUCACCACGUUCCUCAUCGACACCGAAAGGUUCAAAUAUCCUGAGCGUCCUAUAGUUUUCCUUUCGGCAUGCUAUUUCAUCGUGUCCUGCGGUUAUCUAACCAAGCUCUUCCUCGGACACGACGAAAUUGCCUGCGAUGGGAAAGCGAUCAAGUACCCCUCGAUGGGGCAGAGUUCAUGUACGAUGAUCUUCAUCAUGAUCUACUUCUUUGGAAUGGCUUCGUCUAUAUGGUGGGUGAUCUUGUCAUUUACUUGGUUCCUGGCAGCAGGACUCAAAUGGGGCAAUGAAGCAAUCUCGAAGCAUUCACAGUACUUCCAUUUGGCAGCAUGGUUAAUACCAACUGUUCAAAGCGUUUCGGUGCUGCUUAGGCCAGCAGUAGACGGCGAUCCAAUUGCUGGAAUCUGUUACGUUGGAAACACUUCCGUAGAAAACCUGAAAAACUUUGUACUGGCACCACUGUUUGUAUACUUGGUAAUAGGAACGACCUUCCUGAUGGCAGGAUUUGUUUCGCUCUUCAGAAUACGAUCGGUAAUUAAACAACAGGGUGGUAUUGGAGCUGGAUCAAAGGCAGACAAACUGGAGAAGUUGAUGAUCCGGAUAGGGAUCUUCAGUGUGUUAUAUACGGUUCCCGCCACCAUAGUCAUCGGCUGCCAUCUAUAUGAAGCAAACUUCACGGAAGAUUGGAUGACCGGGCUAACGUGCCCUUGUAAGGCGGGAACGGGAAUCAGGCAGAAACCUUUGUAUUCGGUGUUAAUGCUGAAAUAUUUCAUGGCACUGGCCGUGGGCAUCACAUCUGGAGUAUGGAUAUGGUCUGGCAAAACGGUAGAAUCGUGGCGACGACUUUGGAGAAGGUUGUUCGGUUCACCGGAUCCAACCGGUGCCGGACAGGUGCUGAUAAAGCCACGGCCACCACUCCCGCAGCCAUAUGCAACGUCCGGAAUCGGAGUCCCCGGUUCAGCGGCAGCUUCCCUACUUGCCACUCCGUACACGCAAACCGUUGGCAGCGUGGCGUCCACUAGUCAUCACCAUCUGCAUCACCAUGUACUCAAACAAACCCCACUUAGUCACGUAUGACCUGGAGACAUUGGCGGCGCUUCCACACUCACAGCAGGCUCUGGCUCGGUGGUUGAUCCUCGAGCCGUGUCGGUCGUCGUAACGCUGCCAGGACCGCAACCAGGUCAAGCCCUGAGCGACUACGGUCCAAUAUAGUUGACAGUGCGACCAGAUACGACGGCACGAUGGAUACCUAGCAACGCAAGCGAUCAGCUGUGACCCAGAAGUGCAUAAACCGGGGAGGGAUAAAUGCACACACACAUUCUCAUGUAUAUAUGUGAGUGUGUUUUUUGUAAAUGUUUGUAGAUCGAAGUCAUCAUUGUAGAUCGUAGAAGUCUGUGUUCACUUUGUACCAUUUGUGUCGAGAGAAACAAAAUGAGGUGUGAUGUAGAAGUCGUUGUUUCGUACUGUUGUAAAAAUCGCGUAGUACAAGUGACGUGUGUAUAUUUCAUUCACUAUCAAAUAACACAAGAAAAAGUAACACGAAGAAAAAUCUAGGUUAGGUCAAAUGAAGUCGUGCUGGUCAAAGUCACACUGCUCCCUCCCUGUCGCCAUCCAUCUAUCAUUCUCUCAACAAAUCGAAUCAUGAAACCAUCCUACACUAUCGAACGCAAGCUAUCUUCUAACUCUAAGCUCUUUACAUACUUAGGAAAACGAUGAAGCAGCUCUCUUUCUAGUCCAAACAAGUGCAUGUAAAACUGAUCCAUCGACUAACAAUUUUAUACAACCAAACAAAACAAGGAAGUAAAAACGUCAUUUAACAAAAGGCAUUUUCUACGAAAUUUUAACAAAAAAUUACGGAAACACAAGAAAAUUUAACAUUUGCUGUCAUAUUUAACCAACCGGUUGGUGGUAGAAGACAUUCUUACUGUGAACUGAUCAUGUGUUCUAGUGUAUAACGAAAGCGUAGAAGCAGACCGACUCUUAACUUUGUGACCAAUUUCGAGAAAGAAAUGAACAGACUUGUUGUUAACGAGCGGUUUUAUCGUAACAGUGAAUAAGCUGGAUUUUCCUCGUGUCGCGUCAAGCAUUUAGGAGAAAAUGACAAUACAGAGUAAGCAAGGCAAUUAGUUUUCAUGUCGGUAUAAUUCCCAAAACAUUCAAAUCAUCGCACUGCCAAAUGAAACCCAUCCUUGAAAACAGUCCAACACAAACAACACUAUCUUUUGAAAAGCAGGUAAAACUGUCCGGUUAAUGAUAUAGUUCUAAAAUACGAUCAAAAUAUACUUUCAAACAAUUUUUUUUUAUUGAUUUAUUAGAUAUGGAACACACUCCCGGAUAUUACUCGAACAGUAUUGGAUAGUUUUACAUCAAAUAUUAAAAAAAUCCUUUUGUUCUAUGAAUCAGUUCUUAUGAUCUAGCACACAAUCCUUAUUGGAAUCAGUUUU